UAGGUGAACAUGAGACCGAAGUAGAAGUUGUCCCCAGUUCAUGGUACUCAUCAGGUCAGUGUUGGUGGCCUCCAGGUGCAUUUGCUCGUUCAACAUUGGAAAAAAAAGUAUCGAAGUCAGUGGAUUGUGAUAAAGCUACAUGGGACUGUUAUGAUGCUCGCCUCAUUGCUACUUUCAAAACGUAUGCAGAAGCCAAGGCUAAGUUGCCUCUUGCUAUUGCUGGAGAAUCAGUAGCUCCCAGCUCGACUGACGUUGAUGGACAUAAAAAAGGAAAAGGAAAGCGAGAAAAACAGAAAACAAGAAGGUAUCUAAGUGAAGAUACGAGUGAAUCUAGCGACGACGGAAAUAGAAAGAACAAGGAGAACUCGUCAAGAAAGAAGAAGAAACGUAGUCCAGCAAGACCUUCCCAGAAUGAUGCUUCGGUAUCAGCAAAUUUAUCAGACACACAUAUGACAUUGCCACCUGUUCCGAACAGUUUCAACAUCAACACGUUUUUUUCUUCUCAAUCUUCAAAUGAAGUUAGCCACACCAGGCCAAGAAUCGAAUCUACUGAGAACGAAAGAUCCAAUUCCUUUGGUGACAGGAAUGGUGUUACGGAUGAGAUUAUGUCCUCUCCUGUUAUACCACGACAGCAGCUAGCCGUAGCUAGAAAAUCAAAUCCAUCACCAUCAGCUCCCACCAGCCCGGAAGUGGAUGCAAGAAAAAUAGGUGUUAUCUUGCAACGGGUGGAGGCGUUAGCUAGAGGCAUUGAAGUUGUGAAGGCUAAUCAGCGGGAGGUGCUAGACCUACUGACGUUGCUGUUGAAAAACAGUGCUCCACCCCAACCGGAUUUACCUUCCAUUACGGAAUUGUUUCAGCUGCCUAUGAAGACUUUACAGGAUGCGAGGAACUUGACAAAGCUACUGAAAAUUCAACAUAAUGCAUCUAAAAUGAAGACGUUCGUCAUUGGGAUAGGAGGGACUACGAAUUCCAUGGUUGGAAGGGUCAUGAAGUCAAUCAUGACCUACCGGUGUGGCAGUUGUUUCUGUUAUCUAGGCCUAAAUGAAGAUAAAGUGGCUUUCAAGUCAACCACUAUUUGUGAGAUUGUAAUUGAUGGAGUUCGUGAAGCACACAAUUCUUUGACAAGAGAUGCAGUUGAAGCGAAGAUAAAGAACUGGCUACGUCAUUGCCCAAGAUAUGCGUCGAAACAAACUGACGAUGGAAGCCAGAGUGGAGAAGACGAGGAACAAGAAGAAACCUACUAAACUAAAGACUAAUUUUUCAUUGUCUCUGCGAAGUAAUUUGACUAUUUCAUGUUUCUGUUGUAUAUGAAGAAUUAAAAUAAAUUUGAGUUUGUUUCCAAAA